AUGGAGAAACAAGAGGAGUAUUUGGGGGAGAAAGAAGUGAACAACAACAGACUGGAAAGGGUCAAAGUCACUGAGGUGGACUGGCAGCAGCAGAGGAAUGGCGCUGCCCACCACACCCAGGAGUUCCCCGGCCCCUAUCUGGUGGUCCGCAGGGGCCAGAUGUUCACUAUCACAGUGAAUUUCAGCAGAGCCUUGGAGAGCCAGGAGACCCUCAUCUUCACGGUGGAGACAGGACCCCAGGCUUCUGAGGCCCUUCACACCAAAGCUGUGUUCCAGACAUCGGAGACGGAGGCCGGCACUGCCUGGAGAGCCAUCCAGGAAGCUCAGAGUGAGAACACCCGGACUGUCAGCCUCACCAGCCCUCCUGAUGCUGUCAUUGGCCUCUACUGGCUAAGUGCCAGUGUCUCCUCCCGCCGCAAGCACAGCAACAGGAAGCUGGGCGAGUUUGUUCUCCUUUUCAACCCGUGGUGCCCAGAGGAUGACGUGUUUCUGGCCUCGGAGGAGGAGCGACAGGAGUACGUGCUCAACGACAGUGGGAUCAUCUUCCGAGGCGUGGAGAAGCACAUCCAAGCCCAAGGCUGGAACUACGGGCAGUUUGAGGAGGACAUCCUGAACAUCUGCCUCUCCAUCCUGGACCGAAGCCCCAGUCACCAAGACAACCCAGCCACCGACGUGUCCCGCCGCCAUGACCCCAUCUACGUCACCAGGGUCAUCAGUGCCAUGGUGAACAGCAACAAUGAUCGAGGCGUGGUCCAAGGCCAGUGGCAGGGCAAGUACGGCAGCGGCACCAGCCCACUGCACUGGCAAGGCAGUGUGGCCAUUCUGCAGAAGUGGUUCAAGGGCCGGUACAAGCCAGUCAGAUACGGCCAGUGCUGGGUCUUCGCUGGAGUCAUGUGCACAGUCCUUAGGUGCCUGGGGAUCGCCACGAGGGUUGUGUCCAACUUCAACUCAGCCCACGACACGGACAGGAACCUGAGUGUGGACAAAUACGUGGACUCCUUCGGCCGGACCCUGGAGGACCUGACAGAGGACAGCAUGUGGAAUUUCCACGUCUGGAACGAGAGCUGGUUUGCUCGGCAGGACCUAGGCCCCACUUACAAUGGCUGGCAGGUUCUGGAUGCGACCCCCCAGGAAGAGAGCAAAGGAGUGUUCCGGUGUGGCCCAGCCUCAGUCACCGCCAUCCGUGAGGGCGACGUGCACCUGGCCCACGAUGGCCCCUUUGUGUUUGCGGAGGUCAACGCGGACUACAUCACCUGGCUCUGGCACGAAGACGAGAGCCGGGAGCGUGUGUACUCGGACACGAAGAAGAUCGGAAGGUGCAUCAGCACCAAGGCAAUGGGCAGUGACUCCCGCGUGGACAUCACAGGCCUCUACAAGUACCCGGAAGGGUCCAAGAAGGAAAGGCAGGUGUACAGGAAGGCUGUGAGGAAGCUGUUCAGCGUGGAAUCCUGCGGGCGGAGAAACCGGAUUCGCAGGGCCGGAAGGCGUGGUCUCUGGCGUGACGACCUCCUGGAGCCCGCCACGAAGCCCAGCAUCACCGGCAACUUCAAGCUGCUGGAGCCACCUGUCCUGGGCCACGAUCUGAGGCUGGCCCUGUGCCUGGCCAACCUCACUUCCCGGGCCCGGAGGGUCCGCGUCAACCUGAACGGUGCCACUAUCCUCUACACCCGCAGGCCGGUGGCAGAGAUUCUGCACGAAUCCCAUGCAGUGCAGCUGGGGCCCAAGGAAGAGAAAAAGAUCCCAGUCACAAUAUCUUACUCUCAGUAUAAGAAAGACCUGACAGAGGACAGGAAGAUCCUGUUGGCUGCCAUGUGUCUCGUCACCAAAGGAGAGAAGCUCCUGGUGGAGAAGGACAUUACUCUGGAGGACUUCAUCACCAUCAAGUUGCAGGGCCCAGCCAUGGUGGGGGUGGCAGUUGUGGUGGAAGUGAUGGUGGUCAACCCCCUCUUGGAGAGAGUGGAGGACUGUUCGCUGAUGGCGGAGGGAAGUGGCCUGCUCCGGGGACAACUCAGCAUCGAUGUGCCCAGCCUGGAGCCUCAGGAGAGGGCCUCGGUCCAGUUCAGCAUCACCCCCUCUAGGAGUGGCCCAAGGCAGCUGCAGGUGGGCCUUGUCAGCUCCCGCUUCCCAGAUAUCAAGGACUUUGUGAUCAUCCAUGUGGCCGCCGCUAAGUGAUGGGCCAGGAGGGGCUGUCAGGAGAGGAGAUGGCCUGUGUCUACUCCUCCCCACCUUUGCGCCUCCCAUGUGGCAGCCGGGAAGCUUGGGUUCUACUCCUGCUUCAGCCU